AUGGCUGCCGUGAGUGGUGCAGUCGGUGCCGUAUCGCGCCCUCUCGGCCGCGAUCCGCUCACGCACCGCGUACGGCUCAAGUUCGCGCUCAACUCCCGCGCGUCGCUCGCCCCGUCCCCCGCGUCCGCCGGCAUCCCCGGGGCGACCAACGAUGGUAUCAAAAAAGCGUCCGUCCUUUUCCGCCGUUUGGGAGGCGCUCCACGCGUCGUCGGUUCUCGCUCGUCCGCGGCCCACGUGACCCGCGCGGUCGUCGCGCCCAACUACAAGGACGACCUGGACUUUGACGAGGACGAUGACGUAUACACGUGGCGCGUCGGCGGCGCCAACGACAUACCGAUCAGGCACCUGCGCGACGUCUACCGCGGCGAGGCGCCCCUGGUGGCCAUCCCGAAUCCGUUCUGCACCUCGUCCUCGUGCCCCGUGCGGGGGAUCGGCGAUCGCACGCCGCUCAACCUGAACAGGGUGUUCGUCAGCGAGGACGACAGGGUUUUACUGAAGGCGAUCGCGUUCGGGUCUCCCGACUCCUUGGCCGCGCAGUGCUCGUUCGACUGCUCCGUCGACGGCAGCUUCGACGAGCCGUGCGACGUCUGCUCCUUCACGCCCGAGUUUUGCUACCGAGCGGGCCCGAGGGCUAAGAUUUAUUUUGAACCGGCCGAGGUUCACGCCGCCAUCGUCAACUGCGGGGGUCUGUGCCCGGGAAUCAACGACGUGGUGCGAUCCGUGGUGAACACGCUCGAGGUUGGGUACGGGGUGAAGAAAAUCUCCGGGAUCCGGUUCGGAUGGGGCGGGUUUUGGAAAGACGGAGUGGAGAACAUGCCGCUGACUAGGCGAAACACAUCGGGGGUUCAGGACCGAGGCGGGUCCAUCAUUGGCUGCGGCCGCGGCGGCGGCGACGUCCCCAAGAUCGUCGAUUCCAUCGAGCAGCAGGGGAUCAACAUGGUGUUUGUCAUCGGCGGUAACGGAAGCCACGCCGGGGCGAACGCGAUCAGUGCCGAGUGCGCCGAACGAGGCCUUAAGGUUUCGGUCGUCGGCAUCCCCAAAACCAUCGACAAUGACAUUCUGCACAUCGACAAAACCUUCGGGUUCGACACUGCCGUGGAGGAGGCGCAGAAGGCUAUCAAGGCGGCCGCGGUCGAGGCCAAGUCUGCGCUCAACGGCGUCGGCGUGGUCAAGCUCAUGGGCCGCCAGUCCGGCUUCAUUGCCAUGCACGCGGCGUUGGCAUCGGGAAGCGUGGACGUGUGCCUCAUUCCCGAGGUUCCGUUUGCGAUGGAGGGACCCAACGGGGUGGUGGAGCACAUCAAGAGCCUUCUGGCCACGCAGGGCCACGCGAUCAUCUGUCUCGCGGAGGGUGCGGGCCAGGAGUACGUCCAGGAGACGGGAACGGACGCGGGGGGCAACCCCAAGCUCGGCGACAUUGGGCCGUGGUUCUGCAAGCGGCUCAAGCGGGAGAUGUCGUGCGACGUCAAGUACAUCGAUCCUACCUACAUGGUCAGGGGCGUCACCGCCAACGCGCACGACUCCAUCUACUGCACCAUCUUAGGUCAGAACGCGGUGCACGGGGCGUUCGCUGGUUACACGGGAAUCUCCAUCGGCAUGGUGAACACCCACGCGGUUUUCCUGCCAAUCGAGCGGCUCAUCGAGAAGGAGCGGCUCGUCGACCCCGACGGCAGGAUGUGGCACAGGCUGCUGACGUCGACGGGCCAGCCGGACUUCGCGAUGAACGAGUAG